UCUCUCUCUAUCUAUGUGUUGAGUCGAGUGUUGUUGUUAAAACCUACUACUACUAGUUCACUCAAGUCUUUGUUUUCUUCACAAACUCAUUUAAAGCUUUUCACUCUCUUCUCAUGUCCCGCCUCUAUCUCCUCUUUUCUUUCUUCUCGUUUCAUUGAUUAAAAGAGUCACCGAGGUAAAUAAGUUGAGUCUCUUUUUCCUUACCCAAACAUAUUAUUAGUCUUUUUCUUCAUUUAUUCAGGAUUGGUAUAUGCUUCUUUAUAAGCAAUAAGAAAACCCAACUCUUUCAUUUCUGAUUCUUGUUGUCUAUUGAUCAGCAGCUAGUUCUGUUUCUGAGCAGUGGGGUUGAAGAUUUUUAACACAAGGGUUCAUUUUAUAGUGGAAGUGUAGUGAUUAUUGAGAUGGGCAUUUCAGAGAAACAUCAUGGUAUUGAAGGAGGAGGAGGAGGAGCAGGAGCAGUUAUAGAAAUGGAAGGGAAUAAGAAGAAGAGAUAUGUAAUAGUAGGUGUACCAAUAAUCAGAACGCCACCACCUUUGAGAAAAAUAAGAACAAAAAGGGUUGAAACCAAAAUUCAAAGUGAAGUUGAAGUUGAAGACGAAGAAGAGGAAUGCCCAACAACACCAACAAGUAAAGAAGCAAGAUUACCAAAGAGAACCGAAUGUCCACCGGCACCAAGAAAGAAAAGGCCUUCUUUUUCUUCAAGAUCAUGUAGUUUUAAUGUUAAAGAUUUUUUCAAUCCACCUGAUUUAGAUUCCGUUUUUAUACGCCAUCUUGAAAGUGCUUCUGCUAAGUGAGAAAAAAAAAUCAAUCCUAAUUAGAACUAAUUCAAAAAGGCGCAUUUUUUUCUUUCUUUCUUUCUAGACUUUUUUGUUUUCAACUGUAAUGGAGGGAAUUAGUAGUUAAUGUACAGAGCUAUAAUAUAACUUUAGCUUCUAUUAGCUCUUAAUAAUCAAUUUAAUGAGUUCAUUUCUUCA